GCGGUGCCCGCGAGUGGCGCAGGUCCCGGGCGCGGUGCAGUGCGGAGCGGGCACUGCCAUGGAGCCGGAGGCUGCGGAGCAGCAGAGCGCGGGGGGCCCGGCCGGGGCAGCGGGUCGCAGGCUCAGCAGCCGCACUGUAACUGUCAGCACAGGAAACAGUGUGUGCACAAGCGCACUGGUAUAACGAACAGAACCAGUCCGCAGAUUACCAGGUGAACACUAGUGAUUUCCAUCGUUUGCACCAUGCUGGAUCCAAACACAGCUUCAGCGAGAGUAACCCUUUCACUGAGAUAGCCAUGACCAGCUGCAAGUAUAAUGGAGGGGUGGUGAGGCCCCUGAGUAGCCUUGGCACCUCAAACAGGAACCUUCAUGACCUGGACUCAGAGACUCAGCCUCUACAAACCAACUCGGGGCUGGAGGUGGUAGUCUCCAAACCAUAUCAGAACAACAUCUCCAAUGACAGUCUGGUCAAUGAAAGCAGAAAAUCACUCAAAAAGUCACAGAAUAUCGGCCAUAAACUGGGACAUAGGAGGGCCCUGUUUGAGAAAAGGAAACGCCUGAGUGAUUAUGCGCUGAUAUUUGGAAUGUUUGGGAUUGUUGUUAUGGUGACAGAGACAGAAUUGUCAUGGGGAGUUUAUACCAAGGCGUCUCUAUAUUCCCUCGCACUCAAAUGCCUUAUCAGCCUCUCCACUGUAAUAUUACUGGGUCUCAUUAUUGUGUAUCAUGCUCGGGAGAUUCAGCUCUUCAUGGUUGACAAUGGAGCUGACGAUUGGAGAAUAGCCAUGACCUAUGAAAGGAUAUUUUUCAUCUGCCUGGAGUUGCUGGUGUGUGCGAUUCACCCAAUCCCUGGGCAAUACAUCUUCACAUGGACUGCACGUCUCGCCUUCACUUAUACAACAUCAAUGGCCAAUGCAGAUGUGGAUAUUAUCCUGUCCAUCCCCAUGUUCCUUAGACUCUAUCUGAUUGCCAGGGUGAUGCUGCUCCACAGUAAACUAUUCACGGAUGCCUCAUCUCGAAGCAUUGGAGCCCUCAACAAGAUAAACUUCAAUACUCGCUUUGUGAUGAAGACUCUCAUGACAAUUUGCCCAGGGACCGUGCUCCUGGUCUUUAGUAUCUCUUCGUGGAUUAUAGCUGCAUGGACUGUCCGUGUGUGUGAAAGAUACCAUGAUAAACAGGAAGUCACCAGCAACUUUUUGGGAGCAAUGUGGCUAAUUUCAAUCACAUUUCUGUCGAUUGGGUACGGGGAUAUGGUGCCUCAUACUUACUGCGGGAAGGGAGUCUGCCUGCUAACGGGCAUCAUGGGAGCUGGGUGCACGGCGCUUGUUGUAGCUGUUGUCGCACGAAAGCUAGAACUUACCAAAGCCGAGAAACAUGUACAUAACUUCAUGAUGGACACGCAGCUAACUAAGCGGGUAAAAAACACAGCUGCCAAUGUACUCAGGGAAACGUGGCUGAUUUACAAACACACCAAACUGGUAAAGAAGAUUGACCACGCCAAAGUCCGCAAACACCAACGAAAAUUUCUUCAAGCCAUUCAUCAAUUAAGAGGUGUUAAAAUGGAGCAGAGGAAGUUAAAUGAUCAAGCAAAUACACUCGUGGAUCUGGCCAAGACACAGAAUGUGAUGUAUGAUAUCCUGUCAGAGCUGCAGGAGAAGAAUGAAGACUUGGAGAAAAGGAUUGUGACACUGGAGACCAAACUGGACUCACUAACUGUCAGCCUGCAGGCAUUGCCGGGGCUGAUCACCCAAGCAGUUGGCCAACAGCAGCGUGACCUCUUUGAGACUCACAUGCACAAGUUUAAACUGGUCGCGUACAGCUCGGAGAAGUCAUGGACACCAACUCGAAGGCGUCGCUCCCCAUCGACAGCACCGCAUACAUCUUCUGACAGCAGCUAGGGGCCUUUCAGAAGUAGAUGAUCUGAUCUCACUUGGCCAUUGUAUGGCUUACAAUGUUAGCUUUUUUCUAUAAAGCCAUCUCUAAUUUAUAAGUUUGGUUUUAGGAUACCAGAGUGAAGCUGCAGGUUACCAUUAAUAUUUAAAAGGGUAAAGCAGCUCCCUAGGCUUUUGCCAAGGGGUUUGGGCCAGUAUAUCUAGGUUGAAGCCAUCUCCCUCAAGCGUUGUGUUUUCCAACUCUUCCCUCCCACCCACCUACUAAUACAGUCGCGUUCUGGCCACCCUGCAUAAUGGGUAUUGUAUUCUCUGAGCAAACUCAUCCCAGUCUGCAAUUCAGAAUAAUAUCUGAGAAUCCUCAACUUAAUGACAUGAUUCAAUAGGGUAAAGAUUAGAGAAAGAUUGUGGGAAGAUGCCAUUAUUUUCCAGGUUCUGGAAAUCUUCUCACUUCCAGCUGAGGAAUCUAUUCUCUUUAUUGGGGUGUAUGCUGGUUAGCAGCUUAUGGACACAUGGACAGUCUGUGAGCACAAUGCUGCCUCUACAUCACCCCAAUAUCUUGUGCUCAAAUACAGCUGGUAGCUCCCACUGUAGUCAGAGAGUGGUCAAGUGGUGCUCAGUUAAUACAUGACCAGAUCCAAUUUGUAGCCUGAGCUGAGGUGGCAAUGGCCACUGGAGUAGCCCUCAGCACACCUUGGGUCAGAGGGUAAUGGUGAUGCAGGGCUAUUCCCCCCCUCCCCCUUCCAGUCAUGAAAGAAUGGCCAAGCUCCCCCUUAUGGAGCACGAGGAACUGCCAGGAUGGGGUUCCAAUGUAGUGACCCCCUGCAGGCCAUCCACAGGCUACAUUUGCAAUGUCUUUCAUUAAUAUAACAUCCUUAGGGUAGUGAGAUAUUCUGAGAUCCUUUGCUGGAGAUAUUCAGAUGAAAGUUGACACCAGGCCACAUGAGGAAAAGCUUGUUUAAAGGGGUAGAAUUUGCAGAAUCUCCAGACAGAGGAGAGAGAGUUGGAGAGACUCAGGGAGAGAAUUUCACAGCUUAGGGUCCAGGCAGCUGAAGGAACAGCUGCUAAUAGUGAAGUGAUGGAAGUUAGGAUUAUGCAGGAAGCCAUGAUUUGAGGAGAGAAGAGGUCUUGGAGAGUUGUGAGCUUCAGGAGAUCACACAGAAAGGGGGUUUUAGGGUUAUUUGAAAAUAAGGAUGAGAAUUUAAGAAUUGAGGUGUUAUUGAAUCAGAGGAGAAUGCAGGUCAGUAGAGGGGAUGGGUGCAUUGAUGGUGACUUGUACUAUUACCAGCAGCCUGCCCACACUUUGCACAUGUGGGGGGGUGAAAUUGGUCUUCAGUGAUAUUGAAUUCACUGUCUGUUUUACACCAUGUACCAGCUUUAGACUCUGUGCUGUUACUGCAAACUGAUUUCAUCCCAGUUGACAAAUGAGAAAUAGGAAAUGAAAUUAGGCAUGGCUUGGAGUUCAAUUUGUGAGCAAAGUGUUUAUCUUGGAUAAAGUUGACUUCUAGAUGUUGCUUGAUUUUGCUAUUUGCCCAGCACGGUGGCUCAGUGGUUUGCACUGCAGCCUCACAGCACCAGGGACCCGGGUUCAAUUCCAGCCUCAGGCGACUGUCUGUGUGAAGUUUGCACUUUCUCCCUGUGUCUGUGGGGGUUUCCUCCCACAAUCAAGGAUGUGAGGGUUAGGUGGUUUGGCCAUGGGAAUUGCAGGGUUAUAGGUCGGAGGUGGGUGGGAUGUUCUUCAGAGGGUUUGGCGUGGUCUUGAUGGGGUAAAUGGCAUGUUUCCACCCUGUAAGGACUCCAUGAACCUGUGACAUUUUAAUGUGACCAAACAACAGUAUACGUGAGGGAGAUUUCAAUAGCAAUGACUGAAGAGUCAGCAACAUUGACUAAACAGGCCACAAUGGUCCAUGAAGGCAGCUCCCUUCCACCUUGUCCAGGGCAUCUAGGGGCAGGCGAUAAAUACUGGCCUUGCCAAUGAUACCCACAUCCCAAGAAUGAAUGUUUCAUAUUGGCAUUGUUUGGACGCCCAAAGGUUUGGUCCAGUCAGUGAUUGGGAAAAGUAACGUUAUUUAAUGGAAAUCACUGACUAGUGGGUUUCCUGAAAAAUAUGCUUUUGGGUGGGUGACUGAAUUGGCCCAAAUGAUGUGGGCUUCUGGAAGAAAUCAUUUCGGAGAUUCUCUCGGAGGAAACGAGGAGAAUAUUGCUUGCUAUUGCAGGAUUGGUCAGUCAUAUUUUAAAGGAAAACAUUAUUCAGGAAUAUCUAAGUUUGGCACAAGUGAUGAGGGUCGAGUGUAGGUCACUGGUUUCAGCCCUGCUGCGGGUGUCACAUCAAUACUUGAAAGAAAGACGGAAAUUAAUUUUGUGCUCCAGGUCAAAUCACAUUCUUAAAAUAGCCCAUUCCUCCACUCAAGGAAUGGUCAUCUUCCCCCAAAACCAGUCUUCACCCCCCCCUCAAACUCCCAAUAUAUAUAUAGCUACAAACCCCCCAACUACCCAUCACUGCACCCAUCAACAAAUCCCAUUGAACACCCAAUUGUCCACUCCUGUUGAAGUUAAAUUAAAAUAUCCCAUUGGUUCCAUUCUUACCAACUUCUACUACAUCCCAUUCCCCUUCCCUGUAGUCUACCAAUCACUUUCUCCACUCCUACCCACCUUCCACCCCACCCUUCCCAAACACCAUCCCGCUAUCCCACCUCCCCCACCUCAUACUGCCCAAUUUCUGUUUCCCACAGCCUCAUCUCCCCUCCCCGUUCCUAUCCUUCCAACAGCUUACCCUGCCAUUCCCCUUCCUCCUCCCUGUCUCUCCUCCCCCACCCCCAUCUCUCCCUUCUCCUCCCUCCCAUCACUUCACUCUCCAUCCUCCUCCCACCUAUCCCCCCCACCUCUUUGUCUCCCCUCCCAGUCCUCACGCUGCCUCCUUUCCUCCCCACUCCCCUUAACCUUACAACUUCCCUUUCGCAAACCUUUUCUUUCAGCUGCCCCGGACCCCUCAGCCUGCACUGACCUUUCUGACCCUAACUCCCCAACUGCCCUUUGACCCUUUCAGAUCACGCCCCCAGCACAAACAUUGGCUCUGACCCAGCUGCCAGUCAUUCCAGUGUGAACCAAUGAAAACUCAGGUUGGCAUAUAGAUAUGCCAGUUGUAAACCAAUAGUGGAUUGGGUUAAUUUGAUGCCUCCUGAAAUGUGUCAAUCCUCAUUAAAAACCCCAAAUGUCUCUAUAACUGCUGCAGUGUUUUUACUGCCUGAGCUGAGAAUGUAUGAAGUGACAAAGGUUCUUCACCCAUUGCAUUGACAAAUUACCCCUGGACAAUUCAAAGCUCUUGGGUUUUUUGUUUUAAAAAACUGAUUUCAAACCAAAAUUGAUUUAAAACUUUACACCCCACGCGACUACAAUAUUCCCCAAAAGUCAGGAUCUGGAGAUGUUACACCACACCUGUGAUGUCAGCAAAUGGUCAAAGAGAGCAUAUUUUGUAAUAACGUCACAGGAUUAUGGUGCAGACUCCCUCUGGGACGGAUUUUGAAAAGGGAAGUAUAGAAAGGGAAAGUGUAAGUUGUUGUGAAAUGAAAGUGAGGCUGCUUUACUUUGUCCUCAGCAGCCAACAUCAGUUUGCAUCCGAUUAGGUAAACGAAACAAAAACAGAAAUUGCUGGAAAAACUCAGCAGGCCUGUGGAGAGAGAAACAGAGUUAACGUUCCGAGUCCAGUGACCCUUCUUCAGAAUAGUAAAUAUUCUAACAGGAUUAUGCCAGGGUAAAUGCAGAAAAGGUGUUCCCGAUGACUGGGGAAUCCAGAACCAGAAUACAAUGUAGGACAUUUAGGACAGAGAUGAGGAGAAAUAUCUUCACCCAGAGAUGGUGAACCUGUGGAAUUCUCUGCCACAGAAAGGGGUCAACGACAAAACACUGAAUGAUUUCAAGGGAAAAUUAGUUCUUGGGGGUAACGGGAUGAAAGAGUAUGGGGAGAAAGUGGGAACAGAGAACUGAAUUGGAUGAUUAUGGUGAAUGUUAGUACAGGCUCAAAGGGCCGAAUGGCCUGUUCCUAUUUUCUAGGUUUUCUGUAUCUAUGAUCUUAAGGCUUUUUUGUAAUCAAAACAUUGUUGGAGUGGAAGCUAAUGCAGAUAUGGUAACACUGGAUGCGAUGGAUGAAUGGUAUUUGUUCCAUAUUAGGAGAUGAGCAGCAGAAUUUCAGAUAGAUUAGCUUUAGGCAAGUUUCAAGCUGGGACUGCAGCCAGGAAAUGCACGUAGAAUAGUCAAGGGGCAACAAAGGCAGGGGUGAAGGUAUCACAGUCGAUGAGCUAAGACCAGUGCAGAGUUGCCACUGUGACAGAGAUGGGAAUUGGCCUUCUGAGGGAUAGAGAGUGUAUGGGGUAGGAGGCUGAGCUCCAAGCUGUUUAGGACACUAAGAUUUCAAAACAGUUGGUUUCUGGUUCACCCUGUGACAGUGGCAAGGGAGAGGGGGUGGAGGUGGUAGCUUCAGGAAUAGAGUUUGUAGUAGAACCAUUCCUUAUAUUACAAUAAGCACUAGUCUCUAUUUUCUAUUCAGGUUGGGAGUGGCCAGUGCUGUGACAUAAUUGUUGGACAGAUAGAGAAACUAAGUUCAAAGUAAAUCAGGAACACUGAAUUCAAUCAAUAAUGUAGAAUUUGGAAAUGGACAGUUGGCUCUUGUGAAAAUGACUAUGAUGUUGUUGGAUUUGUUAAGAACCCAACAAGUUCACUUUAGAGAAGGAAAUCUGCCAUCCUUUCCUACUCUAGGAUUUUAUGUGACCCUCCAGGUCCACAGAAACACAGUUUGCACUGGGCUGCCUUCUGAAGGGUUGUACUGUCAGACCCACACAAUCAAUACGCCAUCCCAAGAGUGAAUAAUUAAAAAAUAGGACUCAUUUACAAACUAGAUAAUUUCCUGAAAACCGAGGUCCUCAUAUCAAGUCCCCUUGUGCAUACACUUCCAACAAUUUUUAUUAUUCCACUGUCAUAGUGGCAGGUAAGUGGUUGAAGCCACAACAAUUAACAUUGGUUUAGCUUUUAAUUGUAAAAUCACUCGAGGUUCGGAGAGUGACUGGUGUUGAGACCUCUGAAAGUGGUGUUCAUGCACUGUGUAAAAAUUGUGAAUUUACCAUUGAAUGUACAUUUUUUAAUUGUUUGCUUGUUUUCUUGAGUUUUAACAAAGUUCAAAAUAAAAAUUUUUUUUUUACUUA